CUUUGUUUUUUCAUUGAAUGCAUUCUUCGAACGACCUAUUUCUUUGUCCAUCACAUUAUUAUCCCUAACCCAAAGAAAAAAACCAACUACUCAACACAAACACCAUUACCUCAUAUCCCUCACAAUUCCUAUCCAAAUCCAAACAACAUUUGAAGUUUUCUCCAAUGACCUCAUCUUCUUCUUCCACCAAGCUCCCUGCUUACCAAAGACUCAGACAUGACGACGAUCUCGACGACGAGGAGUUCGAUUUCGAAAAGAACCGAGUGGUGGUGAGAUCAAGGACAAACAAUACUACUACUAGUUGGUGCAGGUUCAGAUCGUUCAGAAGGGCUCACAUUCGGAGGAAAUCGUUCAAGCUCAAAGUUCCGAGCCUGAGGAGGUUGUUGUUCUUGAGGAGGAAGGUGAAGGUGGUUUCUGCUCUGUGUGCAAAGGUGGUGAGGAGAUUUAAAGAAGGGCAGUCACACUUUGGUGAUCUUUUUGCUGGAAACUAUUUGUUCUUGCAGAUCAACCCUUCCCCGUUGAAGGCCCUUCACAACAAGGGCACUCCUACUCAUAACUCCCUUCAAUUCAACAAACCCUAUGCCCUCCCAAGCCACAACAUUGCUUAAUCCCUUCGGUCAUCAAAGAGUACUUGUUAGAUUAUAUUUGUGUACUUUAAAUUAAAAUCAGGGCGUAGGUCGGGACCUAUGCACUGGCACCCACCUACACCCCUCAAGGUCGACGAUGGCACCACCUUCUCCCCCUCAGGGUCGGAGAUGAGACCACCUCCAUCCUUUAGGACCGAUAAUGGCACCACCUGCACUCCCUCAUGGCUAGCAUUGUUUAUAAUAUUUGUUUUUGUUUUUUUUAAUGUAUAAUGCUCAUAAGCACAUAAUAAUACAAAAAACUUUCAGCA